AAUUUAUGUUCGUAUUAUCCCAUUCUACUUCAAAUCAAACCCUAAAAAAACCAAAAUGAUUCCUCGUUCAAUCAGUACAUUCACCAUCAAUCUUCGAACAAUCCAUCUGUUCUUCAUUGAAUCAACAGGGCAUUAUUGUUAUCAUUCAAUAGCUCCACUUAAUUCUUGCAAAAAACCAGAUCCUCUCGACUUACGCAACCACAAAGACUGGUUAAGCCCAACCGAAGCAAUCAAGAUUUUCGAAACCCUAAAAGACCCCAAUUCAACCCUCAACGUUCUCGAUCAACUCUCCAAACGAAAAGAUUACAAACCCACUGAAACCCUUUACACAACCGUCAUAAACAACCUUUCAAAAGUCAAAAACUUUGAUGGUGUUGAACAAGUAAUGAAGAGGAUCAAAUUUGAAAAAAGUUGUAGACUUUCUGAUGAGUUUUUCUACAAUGUGAUGAGGGUUUAUGGGUUGGGUGCUGGGAGAAUUAACAGAGUGAUUGAAACGCUUUUGGGUAUGCCGGGUUAUGGCUGUUGGCCGACUGCAAAAACGUUUAAUUUCGUGUUGAAUUUGCUUGUGAAUACUAGGAAUUUUGAUGUGAUUCAUGAGGUUUAUGUGAGUGCUGGGAGGUUAGGUGUUGAGAUUGAUGUUUGUUGUUUGAAUAUUAUGAUUAAAGGGUUGUGUAAAAAUGGGGAUGUGGAUGCUGCACGCCAAGUGUUUGAUGAAAUGCCUAAACAGGGGUGUCAGCCUAAUGUGAGAACUUUUUCAGCUUUGCUUCAUGGGUUAUGUGAGAAUAACCGCGUUGAAGAAGCGUUUUCGUUGUUGACGAAGAUGGAAUCAGAGGGAGUCGAGCCGGAUACGAUCUUGAUGAAUAUACUGAUUUCGGGUUUGAGGAAAAACGGUCGAGUUGAAGAGAGUAUCGAGCUUUUCAAGACCAUGUUGCUAAAAGGAUGUGAACCCGUGACUAGUACCUACCAAGAGGUUUUGUAUGCGUUGCUCGAUAGCCGAAAGUACACCGAGGCUAUGAAGUUGAUACGAAAAAUGUCAUCCAAGAAGAUGGUUCCAGGUUUUAACUCGUAUAAGUCGAUAAUCAGCGGUCUUUGUGAAGAAAACCGCGCAGAUGAUAUCGAUUUGGUUUUGAAACAGAUGAUAGAAGACGGUUUUGUACCAAAAUUAGCAAUGUGGAAGCAGAUGCUUCAGUGUAUAAUAUCUGAGAACACAUCUGUUGACAAACUAACAUUAAAAAUCAACAAAAUUUGUUAUUAACACUUCCCAUUUACAUAUGUUUAAGAAAAAAGAAAGUACAACAAAGGGUAAUCUUUUAAUGUCAAGAUUGAACUAAUGGGCUUUCAUGAUUGUUAUCAA